AUGGGUAGACGUAAAAUUAAUAUCGAGCCGAUAACGCACGAGAGGAAUAGGACCGUGACUUUCAUCAAACGUAAGGCCGGUUUGUUCAAGAAAGCUCACGAGUUAGCGGUGUUAUGUCAAGUUGAUGUUGCCGUGAUAAUUCUUGGCCACAACAACACGUUUUACGAGUUUUCAUCUGUUGACACCAAUGAUUUGAUUCGUCAUUAUCAAAGCGAUCAGUUAGUUCAUGAUAUAAAAGAGCCAUCUGAUUAUGGGGACUACGUUAAAAAGGAACGCGUUGUGCUAAGACCUAAUCGGAAACGUAAUGCUGCGAAUAGAAAUGCUGCUAAUGCUGCUGUUGGUCCUAAUGUGGGUGCCGCAGAUACAUCAUCUUCUGUAAAUUCUCCCGAUUCAAGACGCGUCAAGAGACAGCUGAGAAGUAAAGGAUCUGUGUCGACAAGAUCAAUGAGUAACGGAACUCAACAUGGGGAUGAUAAUGAGGACGAUUUGGAUGAUGAUGAUAUGGAUGACGAUGAUAUAGAUGACGAUGAUAUAGAUGACGAUGACGACGAUGAUAUAGAAGAUGAUGAUAUAGACAAUGAGGGUGGUGAUGGUGAUAUAAAUGAUAGUGUCACGGAAAGCCGCGAUCACAGCAAUUCUUCGACUAUGAGCAAUCGUGGUAGGUCUACAAAAUCGCAGAGGUCUAACGCAACGAAAAAGAACAAGACCCGAUCAAGAACAGUAGAUAGUUCAGUCAACUUGUCAACUUCAAAUGAUAAAAGUAUUGACAAUGAUGGAUCCAACCCUAGAAGUAUAGGUAGCAGUGGUAUGAAUAUGACAGGAGCUCAUUCUGCUUCCGCUACUAGUCUGAACUCAAUGUCAGCGAGACAUUCGCCGUUCGUGGACAUGAAGACGUCCUCUUUGCCAAAACAACAAGGGUCAUCAUCCGGCGUCGAACUUAAUGCAGGAUUGAAGUUUAACCCAUUACAAGAACACGUACAAAGACAAUUCCAUAAUCUUUACAAUUCUAAAGAACCAAGGAUAGGAACACCUGUCAUCCAACCUCAAAUGGUUAACUCAGGCUUCUCAAGAAACAACAUGAGUCGCAUACAGGAUAGCUCCGACGUGGGAUCAAAGUUAACUGUACAAUCACCAAUGACUGCUUUAAGAACAAUGCUGGGAGGUACUACCACACCGUCUCCAACGGAUGAAAGUCCACAGCAUGCUUCUGGACAAACAAGAAUGCUGAAGACACACCAGCAACAAAAGAGACCAGUGUUAAGGGUGGAAAUACCAACGAACAAUACCACACUACCUAUUAAGAGUGAAGGUGAUUCGGCCGCUAGUGAUGGACAGCCUAAAUCAGCAACUGAUUCACAACGCACUCCUUCGAACGUCAUGUCACAACCAUUGUCAUCAAGUCCCGUUAUAGGAGACAAGUCGAGAACUUCCGUGAAUUCUGCCGCAAAUACUGGCUUCCUUUACAACGAAUUAACUUCAGGGUUUGUAGCAUCGCCUUCUGUUCCACAGUAUUUCGCUACGCCUUUACAAGCACAGAACAAUGCAACAUCGAUGUUGCAAAUUCAAAAUCCACAGAAUUAUCUGAUGCAGAGACAAUUACAAUAUGCUCAACAGCAGCAUCAAAUGCAACAACAAAGAAUACAACUGAAUAAUCUACAGCCAAAAAAUCGCAAUCCUGGUCAAAUUUUAGCCACCACUACUACUACGGAUCAUAACUCAGGGCCAUUAACGGGGUCUUUGCCUUCUAAAUUUGCACAGGACUUGAUUGUACAGUCUCCAAAUACAUCAAUUGGUGGCAUGUUCCAAGAAUGGCCAUUCCCUCCAAAUACAAGUACCGCGGGUCGAUCGAACAGUUCUUUACCUCAUCUGCAGAUGUCUCAUCAACAAACUGGAGCGUCACAACAGCACAACUCAUUACUCCCGACAGGGCAACGUCAGGCAAUGACAAGCACUUCUCAACAACAAUCUCUGCAACAACAUCAACAACAACAACAACAACAACAACAACAUCAACAACAACAACCAAGUAAUGAUCAGACAUCUGGUCAGCAACACCAACAGCAGCAUGUUGUAAGCAAUGGAAGUCCUGGAUUAUCGCCCUACAUCAAUGUCAGUCAAACACCCACAAACAAAGCAUUCAACUUCAGCGAUGCAGGGUCAACAACAUAUGGGUCAGAUAAAGGAUCUGUAGAUAAAUGA